AUGGCGUGGCAGGGCGUGGCGGCCGAGUUCCUGCAGGUCCCCACGGUGACGCGAGCCUACACAGCGGCCUGUAUUCUCACCACUGCUGCCGUGCAGUUGGAUCUCCUGAGCCCCUUCCAGCUCUACUUCAACCCGCACCUCGUGUUCCGGAAGUUCCAGGUGUGGCGGCUGAUCACCAGCUUCCUCUUCUUUGGGCCCCUGGGAUUUAGCUUCUUCUUCAACAUGCUGUUCGUGUUCCGCUACUGUCGCUUGCUGGAGGAGGGCUCGUUCAGAGGCCGCACUGCCGACUUCGUGGUCAUGCUCCUCUUCGGGGGCGUCCUCAUGACGCUGCUGGGGCUGCUGGGCGGCCUGUUCUUCCUGAGCCAGGCCCUGGUGGCCAUGCUGGUGUACGUGUGGAGUCGGCGCAGCCCGAGCAUCAGGGUCAACCUCUUCGGGCUCCUCACCAUCCAGGCACCUUUCCUGCCCUGGGCACUCCUGGGCUUCUCGCUGCUACUGGGCAACUCCAUCCUAGUGGAUCUGCUGGGGAUCACUGUGGGCCACGUCUACUACUUCCUGGAGGACGUGUUUCCCAACCAGCCUGGAGGCAAGAGGCUGCUGCUGACCCCCAACUUCCUGAAGCUGCUGCUAGACACCCCAGAGGAGGACCCCAACUACCAGCCCCUUCCAGAAGAGCAGCAGUGACAUCCUGGGGCAGCCCCCACCCUGAAUAAACAGUGACCUGCAGCCUCUCA